UAAUGAUAGGGCUAUUGAGCUCAUGAAUAAUGAUUAUUAACGAUUAUAAGUGCUUUGUUUUUUAGUGACUGUAGUAUUUCGAUAGCAAUCGAUGUUUUCCUUCUUUGUCCUGUCUCUUAUGAAAGAUAAUCCUAGUGUUGUGUGAAUAAAUGGCUUGCAGUCAAUAAUGAGUUUCACUCAGGACACUGGACCCGAGCACUGUGUUAUUGUUAUCAAUGUACAUGUAUUUUUAUUAUAAUUAUUUCAUAUUGUAAAAAUUUACACCUUUCAAUCAAAAGGUGCUGAGCCAUCGCAGUUUUCAUGGACCUCACAAAAAAAAACCCGUAAAGCCCCUGUUGAACGAGUACCAAGCACAGCAGUUUCUGCAGAGGAAAUGGAUGUAGAAGAUUCAUUCAAAGAGUCCUCAAAUCUAUCACUGCCAUUGGAAACAGUUUCAGCAGCAAGUGAUCAAGCUUCGCCUUCAUUCACUGUUGAUCAGGAUCAUGCUGACGCCUCUGAUAAUGGUGUUAUCAGACAACUGCAACAAAAGAUUACUUUGCUGGAACUAAAACUAGCUGAUUGUGAAGAAAGUUUGAGAGAAGUGAAAAGUGAGAAUGAGAUUCUGCUAAGCCGUCAAUUUUCCUUAGAGAAAAUAAAGGAUGAUAACUCAGCCAUCUUAUUUUACACAGGGUUUCCAUCGUAUGAGGCACUGAUAAGUUUUUUUAAAUAUAUUGAGCCAAAAUUAGAAAAGAUGCAGUACUGGAAGGGAGAGCGUCUUGUGAAAGGGAGUCAGCCUUAUCAAGAGGAUGAAAAUCGCAAAAAACCAGGACCCUCUAGGAAACUAUCAUUUCUAGAUGAAUUUCUGUUAGUACUGAUGCGGCUGAAGGCUGGCUUAUUUGUACAGGACCUCGCAGACAGAUUUGGUGUAAGCAUCAGCCUUGUGUCAAGGAUUUGUAUUACGUGGAUUAAUUUAUUGUACUAUGAACUGAAAGAUAUUUUCCCUUUCCCAACCCAAGAGUUGGUGCGCAAAAAUAUGCCAGAAGAAUUUGCUGAAUUUGCAACAACCAGAAUAAUUUUGGACUGCACUGAGCUUUUCAUUCAGCGUCCAUCUGCAAUGCUUGCACAGUCAGAAACGUGGUCUGAUUACAAGCACCACAACACUUGGAAGCUACUAGUAGGAGUGACACCAAAUGGCCCAGUGUCUUUUCUUUCAGACCUUUGGGGUGGACGAGUGUCUGAUAAACAAAUAACUCGAGAAAGUGGAGUGCUGGAUUUAAUUGAAAGUGGAGACAAUAUCAUGGUUGACCGUGGCUUUGACAUAAAGGACAUUGUGCCCGAGGGUGUCACAGUCAAUAUGCCACCCUUUUUAGCAGGACGCGAUCAACUAACUGCAGCAGAGACAGAGGAAACAAUGACCAUUGCCUCUGUAAGGAUCCAUGUGGAAAGAGCAAUUGGUCGGAUAAAGACUUACCACAUUUUAGAUGGUAAUCUGUCCAAUACACUUAGCCCCUAUGCGACACAGAUAGCAACAGUAUGUGGACUUCUUACAAACUUCCUUCCGCCUUUGCCAACACCUGCUAAUCCGAAACCAUAGUUGUCGCUAUUGGUGACUUAACUGCCAUGUUUCUUGUUGUACGAUUUAUUGAUUAGUGUAUUUUUUUUUGGUUUUCACUAUCGUUUACAGCUAAAAGACAGCUUGAGCAGAUGAUGUUUACUUUCCAAUAAGCCAUUUCUGAGUUCCUCUAGUCUCUGUUUCAAAAUGUAAAUCUACAUGUAUUGAUGAAAAAAAUUAUUGUUUAUCUUUGAGUGAAACUUUUUUAUAUAUUCACAGCAGUGUUUCACAUUUGGCUUGUCUUGUGCAAUUUUUUUAAACCCAGAAAUGGCUUAUUUAAUGUGCAUAAACUGUCUUCCUAUUACUCGAAUCAGGAUUGCUGAUAGUGGACCUUAUUGUGGAAUUUUAGUUGAAUUUCAUUGUAGUCCAUUCAUGGCUUAGUUUGAAUCACUCUCUUGCUGUGUGCUAGUAUUUCAAAAAUGAUUUUGUUUAGUAAUACAUUUUGAAUCAAGUGUUAGACUGAAAAAAACAAAAAACAAAAAAAACAAACAAACAACAAGUUCUUAGAAUGGUGCCAUUUCCACCAAAGUAAGUAUUAGAAUGUAAUGUACUGCUACUUUAGGGUUCCAUGUUUUCCUAUAAUAAUUAUCUUUCAUUGGUGGGAGGGUAAUUACCAUGUAAACAAAAUACCAAAUCAAGGCUGUGUUGUAAGAAAAAUUAAAGGGAACCUGAUGCUCUAAUCCUGUGAAAUUCAGGCUGCCCAGCAUAGCAUUUCUAUGGGAAAGAAUGAUUUCCUAGUCACCUAAGAGUACAAAUGAGGCACCAAGGGCCACCGGGCACUGUUAGAUCACAGCCAUGAGUUGAAAAAAUAAAUAUCAGUGUGCAAAGAAAGUAGUGUCCGAAAGCCCAGAAAAAAUAAAUGUUAGCGUGCAAAGAAAGUAGUGUCUGAUAGCCCGGAGCUAGUGGAUUGUGCUAUCAGGCUAGUGGAUUCUGUUUUUAACUGGCCCGACGGGAAAGUGAAGUUUUUUGAGGAAUCACAUUACAGAAGUACUGUCAAAUCAAUAUGCUCAUCAAAACCUUUUUGGGGCUAGUUGAAAUGAUGUUUUGGCCAGUAAAUGUUAGCUUUAGCUUGCCCGAAUGGCAAGCUGUAGAAAAAACUUUCUUUGCACCCUGAAUAUGAAUAAACUUUCAGAUCAAUGUAAAGCUUAUACUUGUCUUUCAAAUCUUAAUUUUAAACCAGUUCUGCUGCAGCUAUAGUGGCCAAAUGGUUGCCACCCACCAUGGAGGUAGAGAAGCUUUCCCCUCUGCACUCGUUUGGUAAGAAGCUCAGGGAAAAGAGCCCUUCUGUAAAAGAAAUCAAUCUUAGGCAGGCAGUCACUGGACCAAGUGUUGUCUGAGUAAAUGUUCUCUAAAAAUAGUGGUUUAUCUUCUCCAAAAUAAACUGUGAGAAUGAUCCCUUGUAGAUCUAAGUCAGAACAGUAGAGCUGUCCUUGAAUUUGCAAAUAAUAGUCAUGAUUCCGUUGGAGUGUCACUGUUCCAUCACCAAGUUUCUCCAGAAAAAAAUUUUUGGUUUUGCAUGCCUCUUCUACAGUCAUUCCUGCUUUGCUGAAGGGAGAUUUAAUUUCCAUUCCCCAUUUUUCUUCUGUAUCUUUGAAGGUGACAAUUCUGUCAAUGCUAGCUCCCAAGUAUGGUUUCUCCUUAGACACCAAUAAUCCAACCUCUUCAACUUUAACACUGACACCAUUUUUUCUCAUUUCCUUAAUAUACAAGUUCACUGCCUUUGGUUCACAUUCAAUGCCAUAUUGAAGAGCAUCUGUUGUGAAGUUUGAAUAGAGGAUUGACUUUAAUUUAUUUGAAGGCUCCACUUUGGUCCUGGCAGCUUUAACAAAAUUUGAAGCUGUUAAGAGAGUUUUCCUCUUUUCAAACCAAAGACUGUUUUUGUUUUGUCCGCGUGUCAGUCUCUCUGUCUCCUGGAUCUCUUCCAGGGUUAUUGUUAAGUUAGAGACGUGUUCAUCAACCAUGUAUUUGAAGUGCUUCGAAGCUAUAUCAUAGUUAUCAUUAAAGGGUACGCCCUCUGGUUCCUCUUUCUCUUCAGGGUCAGGCUCUUCUAAGCACUUUGACUUAAUGUCAUGAAAUUAAAAAAAUGAACUAGCAGGGAGACUGUUUUGAAGACCUGUACAAAAGGUCUUAAAAUGUUUUUCAUCCCUCGUUCACUGGUUUGGCGCUCUUGGAUCAAAUUUUAUAAUCUUCGGUUGGAGACGAAUAUUUUUCUUCCCAAAUCGUAUCUUUCUGAUCAGAACCUGGUCAAGUGGCUUUGCAGCAACACUUUGGUUACGAGGCACAACCCAAACAGACAGCCGCGAUGUGCAGGUCAGAGGUUCGGCAUGUUUUUGUAAUCCUCUUCUCGUAAAAUCUUCAGCAGCAAACAACACGCCUCCUACGUGGUUGCAUUUACCUUUUCCAUUUAAGCCAAGCCCGGCCGGACAUGUGCACGCCGCUCGCAAUAUGUCACAUUGAGGUGAGAACUCUACUAUAACUCUAUACGGAUUCUUCUUCAUAGAUGGAAGAACACUAGCUUUCACAUAGGUCUUGCCUUGGUAAACUUUACUCUUCAGUCGUUUUACGUUUCCCUCAAAGAAAAAUUGGUAAGAUUUCAACUUUUUAUAAUUAGUCCCCUUAAGCACGAUAUGGCGGUACUUACGUGUAGAUACAACGAGGUAGUCGUACAGCUGGAUAAAGUUAAGUUCUGGUAGCUGACGCAGGUCCGUAGACCAUCCAAGAGCAGAAAUCCGUCUAAGUGUGUCUUCGUAUUCAAAGUGGCCACUAUUAUCCACAUUUUCUUCGACAUUUUCGGCCGGCCUCACUACGUUCCGCACAAGCAAAGCGUAAACUUUUAGGACUAAGUCCGCCUUUGUUCCGCCCGCUCUUUCAGAAUUACACUUUAAAAUAUCCCUUAGUUCUUUCACUUUCAGCUUCUGAAUAUCUUCCAGCGUCGUGAUUUCCUUGUCUUUGUAUUUUAUGGCCAUUUAGAGUGAAAAGAAAUAACCAAAAUAUACGAACGUGUGAGCAAAACAGCUGUGAUUUCACUCUGUUUAUGUUUCGCGGGUCAACGCGAGCCUCGAUGUGGUGUUUGCGCGGUUACUAUUUCAAAAUGGCGCCGGGAACUGUAAAAAAGGCUAUUAGCUCUAGGUCUAAACAUGAUUCUAAACCAAGGAGGGGUCUUACAUUAUCUCGGAGUACGUAAAACUCCAAGGGUUUUGAACCUUUUGUUCCAUUUUCCUUCGUAUCAAGAAGGCAUUUGCCCACAGUAUCUAGCUGGUGCCCCCCAAAUGACUUAAGUAGCAUGCUAGUUGGCUGUACCUGGGCAUUCAACUCAUUAGCCAAACCUAAGGAAAUUACAUUACAUUCUGCACCUGUAUCAAGUUUAAAACUUACGGGAAUGUCAUUAACAAGUAGAUCUGACUGAAUG